CUCUCGCUCAGUGUUGUUUGGGACUCACUGACGGCAGGUUGCGCGCGUGUGUUUCGUUUCGUGGCCGUCCCGUAGAUUCGUUGUUUUGGCCUUUGCGAACCCAACCCGUGAACGAAAUUGACGUUUCCUACCUGAAGUGGCGUGACGUCGUUGCGAUUUUAAUUCUAUCGCGGUGUUGGAAACUGUGUGUUUUCGGAAGUACACUGUGAAAUCGCUUCGGCCAAUGUGAAUCAUGGUCAAUGGAAAGGAGUGUCGUGUUGAAUGCUUUGACACCAAUUACAAACCCACGGUCACUUCCCUAAAGCAUCAGUAAUUGUGCCACAAGGCACAAGUGUUGCUUGAGUUGAGACAAAACGUUGACAAGCUGUGUGCCGCGGGAAGUAUGGCAUUUAUGAUGAAGAAGAAAAAAUACAAGUUUCAAGUCUCAGUUCUCCUGGAGGAGUUGACAGCCGUUCCAUUUGUCAGUGCGGUUUUAUUCGCCAAAGUGCGGCUGUUGGAUGGCGGAAAUUUCAGCGAAACAUCUAGCAGGGAGGAGGUGCAGGAGCACAAGGUGCGGUGGAACGCCAAGUUCGAGUUCUUGUGCAAGAUGAGCGCCAGCGCGUCGACGGGCGUGCUGGACCCCUGCCUGCUGCGGGUGUCCAUCCGACGGGAGCAGAAGGGCGGCCGGACGUUCCAGAAGCUCGGCUUCAUCGACCUGAACCUGGCCGAGUUCGCGGGCGCGGGGCUGACGUCGCGGACGUGCCUGCUGGAGGGCUACGACAACAACCCGCGCCACCGGCCCGACAACUCGAUGAUCAAGGUGCACAUCGGCAUGAACAUGCUGUCCGGGGACAUCCUCUUCAAAGUUCCAUCCCCCUCACUGAAGCAAAAGCAAUUCGCCACGCAGGAGGACGGCACGGAGCGCUCGGAGCGCGGCCAGUACGGCAACCAGUAUGGCAACCAGUACGGUACCCAGUACAGAGAGGACUUCUCGAGCGGCUCGCUCGCGGGGUCUAUAGCCAGCGGCAGCUCUGGCUUUGGAAGCCUCCCCAAGAAGCGGCCUGCCCUGCUCAACUCUGAACUCAUUCAGGGCUCGAACAGCGAGCCGGCCGAGUACACCCUGGCGGAGCCUAUGCAGGGCGAGAUGGAGGAUGGGUAUGAGAACGAGCCGGGCCACUCGAGGAACUCCUCCAACACGAGCCAGAUGAGCAAGGCCUCGGGGUACAGCUCUCUCAACAGCCAGAGCCAGCACUCGCGGCAGAGCAGCUCCGGGGACUCUGGCCACAUAAGGCGAAGGGUGCGAACGUGCCCUGGUAAUCUGUGGUGUGCAAUCCUUAUGAAAUCAGCGUCAUUUGAGAUCCUUCAGAAUAGCAGGUCCCCGUCCUGGCCAAUGAGGGUGCCCGUGCCUCGGUUGUCGCCCUCGCCAUCUCCCUCUAGUCCGACCCCCCCUUCCCCCAAGUCCCCCACAGCCAUUCACCGAAAUUUUCUCUGGUUGCUGCACAGCCCUUUGAACCGGCGAGCAGGCCAAGCCAAGCACCGAGUCUCUGACCCGAACGGUGAUGCGAGUUCGGUCCCUGAUUGCAGGAACACUCAGCCCUUGCCCCUGUUCCCCAUACCCGGCACCCCAGCCCCUGCACUCAAACCUCCGGCCCCGGCCCGCUUCCCCCAGUGGCCAAGCCCCAAAAGCGCGCCCCGCGCCGCCUCGUCCCCAGGCAUGCUCAACCUGCACAGCCCCUGCGGACCGGCCCCACCCUCUGCCUUCCCAGCCGGAUGUGUUGAGGCCAACGGGGUUUACAGGAACCCAAGUGGAGGAUCAGGCUUAAGUGAAACCGGGUCCUUAGACAGAGCCAAAGCAGCAAUGGAGAGAAGAAAGAAGGCUGCCGAAGAGAGUGGGGGUGGAAAUUCUGUUGGAGGGCGAGUGGAAGUUACAAGAGUAAACCCUGACAGUUUAAUAGACGAGCUUAUUAAAUCAACUAAUUUGGAACAUCAUGAUGAUUCUGCAGAGACUUCUGGAUUGCAGUUGUUUAUUGCCAAAGAUGGAACUACAGCACUUGGCAGUCAGGAAGUGAAAAGCCAAAUGUCAGCCGGUGUAUUUAAACAAGUUGUCAUGGAGGAAGACAGAUAACACAACGAUGCUAGCGGAUACUCCCUUAUUAUCUAAAAAGGCAGUUUCCGCACAGUUCGCAUCUUAAGCAGCUUUGUAUCAAAGAAAUUGUUUUUAAGGCAUAAACCUUGAGUUGAGCUGGCAAAGGAUUGCUUUUUGGUCUGUCCUUCUGCUAUGCAGUUUGGUUGACUUAAAGCAGUUGUUUUAUAUGUGAUAUGACUGACUCACUCCAUUUCUUAAUGAUUUAUAUAUUAGCCUUUGUCAAUUGUCAACAUUUAAGUGACAAUGAGGGCAGAUCAUUCUAAUGGACUGAAUUAUAAAUCAUAGAUGUUAGGUAGUGACACAUUCAUUAUUUGUGGAUUAAGACUUGAUCUGAAAAUCAUUGUGUAGAACUCAUUUUAGUAAAGACCACUCUUGGCAAGACUUUGAUGGUUUCAAGGUGCCAUCAUUGUAAUUGUGAUUUUAGUAUUGGCUCAUAAAUAUUAUUUAUCUAUUCUAUACCAUAAAUUGUUACUUUGAAGUCUAUGUUUGUGUAUUCUUGUAGUUUUAACUCGCAAGCAAUAGUCUGAAGCUUCAUUUGCUGUACAUAAGUCAGUAUUUCUAUUAUUAUUUUCCUUGUGUGUGUGUAUGUGUGUGUGUGUAUGUUUGAGCAUAUAUGAGUGUGUGGUAAAGUACACUUUUGAGAAACUCUGUUUUGAAUGGAACUCAUUGUACUCUAGCAGGGAUAGAGCAAUCAUUGAAAAAGAAAUUGAUUAAUUGAUUUUGAAGUUUCAAGUUCUAUGAUGUGAAUCACAAAUUCAAGUUUCUCUACAUCCCAGUAUUGUUAUUUCAUGCAGCAUUGUCUUAGAAAACUGGAAAAUGUGCUGGCGGUCCCAGUUCUCUUGUCAACAAGUCAAAAGCCACUGAUAUUGUUUUGUUUUUGUUGUUGUUUUUUUCCAAACAGUGCUUUAGGAAACUUAUAUUGAUAAGGUAAUAUAAUCUGCCUUUCAUUUUUUUAUAGAAGGAAUCUGUCCUUUAAUUUUGCCUUUUGUAAAAGUAUAGUACUUAAAUGAACGUUUUGCGACAGUUUUCUUUAUAGUUUUAUCAAUAAUUGUUAAUAUCAGCACUGUUACUAAAAUACUGUAGAUGCAACCAAUGACAGAGACAGCUCAGUAGGUAGUGGUUAUCAAGCUGCACACUUUCAAGAGUGUGCUUCCUACUCAGGAACUGCGUCAAGUACUGUUGUGCUCAACUCACCUACUGUUUUAGAGAAGUUCUUGCUUUCAACAAGACACUGCCAUGUUAAGCUCAAGAGCUUCAUUCUCGUGCGAUGGUACUGUGAGCAUUACCAUCAUAUUCUUUUCUUUUCCAUUUUGAGUGAAUGUUUCGUUUUGACAAAGUAUUUUAGUGUCAAGAAAUUUAGAGUUUAGGAUAGAAAAAAAAUUGAGCACAGGGUAAAAAAUUAUUUAAAUUUAAUGGAGGACUUUUUUCGUAUAUUGUCAAGUAUAGAAGGGGCAUGCAUAAAAUUUCUAUUGUCUCAGUCAUAUCCUAUUAAAUCAGAUAACCCCUAUUUGUGGGUGUUAAAUUAUCUGUAGUACUCAAAAAGAAGUUGUACAUCACAUUUCAUGCAGCAUCAUGCUGGCUUCUGUUUUUCAUCGUCUCUGUCAUUGUUUGAAAGCUUGUGCCUGGUACUGACAUCGUGAAAGUUGAUCAUUGUGUGUUGUCAUUCAACCUAUGGCUGGCCCAUUGGUGUAUUUGUUUCUGCUUGAAACAUGAUAUUUGUUGACUUGAAGAUUGCUAAUAGGUAUGUAAUAUUGUAUAUAGUAACCAAAAUUGUGAAAUAUCAGGCCUCAGAAACUUAUAUUGUCGCUCUAGUGUGAAAAAGAAAUAAUAACUAGUUAAGAAGCCGAAGACCACAUUGAUUGAAAUACAUAAUGUGUAGUAGAUGGACGUACAUACAUGGGUACAACUGCAUGAGUAGACCUACCUCAUUGUAUGUUUGUUUGUGUGUCUAAAACAUUCUUUGCAUUUAGUUUUACUUGUUACACUAAGAUAAAUUUAAUUUUAUCUACUUUGUUUAUCUCGCAGUCAAAAUGAAAAUUACAUAUGCAUUCUUUUUUCUUUUUUUGUUUUCUUUGACGAGAGGAAAUUUUGUUUCCUAAUGUGCUUUGGUGAGGACCUGAGGUUGAUCUUUAUUUUCUGAUUAUUUAUUGCAGGGCUGCAAUGUUGCAUUUCAGUUUUGUGUUCUUUAGUUUUUUUGGGCAAUAAUCAAAUAAUAUGGUGGGACUGAUUUAAGAUCCGCACUGUCAUUCUGCUGCACAAAUGCCACAUGUUACGUAUUUUUGAGUUGCUGGACUUCCAAGCAAUCUUCCUUAUGCUAUUCCUUCAGUGUUCUUCCUGAUGCUUUGAGCCUGUUUCUGGUAAAGUGUGUUGUAUAGUGCUUAUUUAUUAAAAACCCAGUGGUAGUUGAAGAGUUUUGCUUCAUCUUUGUUGAGGUGCCAAGCAUACCCAUUGAGUACAAAGCAAAAUGUAGCCUAUUUUUUAAGUUGGCUGGAAUUUGUCAACAUUAUAACAGUUUCCAUAUUCCUCUGUACCAGAAGCCCAUAAUUUCUGUGUUUUAAGAUAAAGGUGCUCUCAAGAAAUUCUUCAUAGCUUCUUUUUCCAGUAUCUUCCAUCCUAUUCAAACAUGUUUCUUCCAUUAUGUGGGUGGUUGAUAGUUCUUGCAUAAACAUAACCAGAAAUUGUUCAUAAUAUAUAUAUUUUUAAUACUGUCUGAAAGUUGCCUUGUCGAUUAAUUUUUGUGUUGUGUACGUACUGUACUAUUGUAAAUUUUCUCAUUUCCUAGCCAGCUGCUUUUUAACAGCCUUGUUAGAUUAUAAUCAAUGAUUCCAUGAAGAAUGCAGUCUCUUGACAUCAAUAAGCAAUCGUGUAGUACUCUUCAUUUGAUGGACCAAAGAUGCAUUUGGGCUGUUUUCUCAGUAUGGAUUUAUGUCUGUGGCGAUUCUCAGAGCUGGUCUCUGGUACUGUUUUUGUUCCUUUUUUUUCUUUGUUUUGUUUUCCAUUGUACCACCUUAUAAAUUGAUUUUUAUUUACUGCCUGACGGGUA